AUGUCGUCGCUGUCCUCCGUGGUCUCCAAUCUCGUCAGAGCGCAACUAGGCAGCUCUGUUUCAAGCACAGUGACAGACGACGACCUCGACCGACAUGUGGCUGAGCUUAUUUUGAAGGAAGCUAAGAAGAAAGCCGAAAAGUACAGCCAACACGGUAUUCGUGCAUACCUCCGCAACAAUAUCGUAGACAGCAAUGCGCCCAAGACGAACAAACGAUUUCUGACGUCUAUUAUACGGAGUACGGACGACCACAACAAGACGGUGCUGAGGGCUCAGGCUUUGGCUGCGGAGGAGGUGAAGCAGGCUCGCUUGGAUGCUGAACGCAAGGAGAGAAGGGCCAGGGCUGAGGAGGCUGUCGCUGCGGAGAAGAUGAGACGAUCAAGGGGCGAAGGUAGCAGCAGCAGCGGCAGUCGGCGGCGGAGCAGGCACAGAAGGGAAGAUAAAGAUAAGAGAAAGGGCGAAGAUGAAAGUUGGGAUCGUUGGGAUGGAAGGAGAGCUGAAAGGAAGAGGAUAUCGCGAGAUUGGGAGACAUGGGACGGAGAUGAAAGCGAUCGCAGUGAUGGUCAGGACCGGAAACGUCGGCGAACUUCUCGAACGAGGGAUAGAAAACGACACAGGGACUCGAGGAAGCGGUCAAAGUACGAAGACGAACACAAACGACACCGUUCUCGAAGCCAUUCUCUGGACACGGCGAAGCGGACGUCUCGCCGUGACGACUCACCUGCCGGCGCGUCAGACACGUCCUCUAGAGGUCGUACUCGCGGCCAUACGCACGACGACGCAAGAUCACCACGAAUCCACGUCCGUGGGUCAGACUCUUGUUCUCGCCAGCCGUCGCCAUUACCUAGCGAUCGCGAAGCAGAGCUACGGCGUGCACUCAAAGGGAAACAGAAAGCUACUUCCCCUCCGAUGGGGUCGAGGAAACGGUCCUCUUCGGAGACCACGAUGUCCAUUAGCGAACCUGGUUCUCGAGCCUCUACACCAGGACCCGAUCCACUGCCCCAGCUCCCUUCGAAGAUGGACAAGUAUUUCGAAGAGUCUUACGACCCACGUCUUGAUGUCGCCCCCCUCUCAGCGCCCAAGGUCCCAGCAACUGGUUUGAUUAAUAACGCGGAGUAUGAAGGAUGGGAUGCCAUGUUGGAUCUCCUUCGACAACGGAAAGAAGACAAAGACGAGCGCAAGCGCAUGGAAAGGCUUGGGAUAUCUAUCCCAAAAGCGACCAAGCCUAACAAUCAGAAGUCUUUAGGCGGGUCGUCAGCUAUGGACGAGCGGUGGUCGGCGGGGGAUAAUAUUAUGGGGAUCGAGUAUAAGAAACGGGGGUCUGUUAGGGAGUGGGAUGUAGGGAAACAGGGUUUCUAG